CUUUGGAAACAGCAUGACGACAGAAACCUGUCCGGAACGAAUGCUAAUUUAUCCUGAUCAUCACAGAGAGAGAGAGAGAGAGAGAAGCUGUCACCUUCCCCAUUGUUUCGGGGUCAAUGCCAACGCUGAAAAUCGCCUCCUUCAUUUGUCAGGAUUCCGUUGCCUUUUUCAGCAUCAAGCAAAAGAAGGAACAAAUCUACCCUUCAACGUCAUCUUGUGUUCCACCUUUGAUCCGCGAGAAGACAAAAAGUUAGCAUCGAUCUGAGGAUUUGCAUCGGCUGCGAUAAUGAAACUCGAUGAGGAUCUAGGACAUGACCGGCAGGACGAGUUCCAGACGGAUGACGAAGAAAACCAAGCCGAGUGUAACUGUGAUUAUGAUGACGAUGACGACGAUGACAUUAGCCGAUCCGAAGAUCUCUCGCCCACCUUGCAAAACUCGUCGGAUAAUUGCAUGGACAUCAAUACUCCGCCCUGGCCUCAGAGCUACAGGCAGUCUAUGGACAUGUUCACCAGCGUUACCCCUCCUUCGAUAAGUUUUUUAACAGGCUCUAGCUUGACACAGAGAAGACUGCCACCAUCCACCUCAGAAUCCUCCUUGCACAAACCGCUUAUUCCAUCAACGAAUUUCGACAAGGAAGUACUUCCGCUAAAGACUCCUUCGGUCGCAUCUUUGAACAAUAUAAUUUCUGUGCCUGAGCUGCCGCCUCCAAGAGAACAGUGUUCGCUUGCUCAAGCCGCACUAAAUGGAAUAAAUGUGAUUUGUGGCUUAGGAACUCUAGCCGUUCCAUAUGCAGUCCAUGAAGGAGGGUGGUUAAGUCUGCUACUGCUUCUUCUCUUCUGUAUUAUCUCCUUCUACACUGCAAUGUUAUUGAAACGGUGUUUAGAAGUUUCUCCGGGACUCAAGACUUACCUCGACAUUGGACAGGCCGCCUUUGGCAUAUCAGGUCGCCUAGUAAUAGCUAUAAUACUCUACAUGGAACUAUAUGCUUCUUGCAUAGAGUAUACGAUCAUGAUGAGCGAUAACUUGGCUACAAUGUUCCCAAAAACCCACAUGUACAUCGGAGGCAUAUAUUUGACGUCACAUCAAUUCUUUGCCAUCACGGCAACUCUUGUCGUUCUCCCAACCGUUUGGCUGCGGAACCUUGGCUUGCUUUCUUACCUUUCAGCUGGAGGAGUUAUCGCAUCGAUAUUGGUGGUGAUUUGCUUGUUAUGGUUAGGUGUAGUGGAUCAAGUGGGGUUCCACCCCAGAGGGACCAUCAUAAAUCUUGCGAACCUACCAUUCACGCUAGGAAUAUACGGUUUCUGCUACGCAGGACAUUCGGUCUUACCAAAUAUAUACUCCUCCAUGAAGGAGCCAUCAAAAUUUCCAUGGGUUUUAGUGGCAACCAUGGGUUUUUCUUCUCUCAUUUACAUUGGUGUAUCCGUAUGUGGAUUUCUGAUGUUCGGGGACAAUAUCAAAUCUCAGUUCACCUUAAACAUGCCCCAACAGUAUAUGGCAACGAAAGUAGCGAUUUGGACGGCGGUUGUGAACCCAAUGACAAAGUAUGCUUUGACAAUUAUGCCGGUGGCAUUGAGUUUGGAGGAACUCUUGCCCUCAUCACAUCGUAAAUCGCAUGGCAUGGCAUUGAUCAUCAGGAGUGUCCUAGUAAUGUCGAUCUUGAUCGUAGCACUGGCAGUCCCAUUCUUUGGUCUUGUGAUGGCCCUGAUGGGAUCUCUUCUUGCAAUGUUAGUGGCAAUCAUCUUCCCAUGCGUGUGUUAUCUCAAAAUUUGGAAGGGUAGACUGACCAAGUUGGAGAUUGCAGCUUGCGGAUCCAUCAUAACUUUUGGGAUCUUUUGCUCUGGUAUUGGCACAUACUCAGCGUUCACAAAUCUGAUGGACAAAAUGGUCUAAUUUGAAGGGCUUGGCAUGGUUUAUCAGUAGUUCAAUUUGGAAGACUUGAUGGCGUACCUAAGCAUUAUUAGCUUGGCAUUGGAUGGCUCUGAGUAAAGAAAGAAGGCAGUGGCUGGAAAUUCAGGACGAGUUAAGAAUGACUACAUGAGAGAAGUGUUCAGCAAGAUUCAGGUGAAAGAUCCAAGAUAUACUUGUACUGAUGAAAAAUGCGCAUAAACCAUCAGUUUGACUCAACUUUCUGUUUUAAAAAACUGAGGGUUAGGCACACAAUAAAAGACAGAGCUAGGUCUCCACUUGUGUGGAUCUGUGGCUGUAAGCAUCCGUUUAAUGAAUAAUGGAUGAUGCUAGGAAUAGUUGUGGUCAUAUUGCGAGUGUUAGUUUGUAUCAAGUAGCUUAAAGUAAAAUCUUAUGCUGAAGGGGAAGAAAAGAUCCUGUUGAAUCUUC